GAGGAGGGUCUGGAGGUGCUGCUGGUGAAGGAGGAGGGGUGUGAGGAGGGUCUGGGGAACCCUGAGGGGACCAUGAUCAUAGAAGACAACCAGACUACACCUCCUGAACCCACAGAGGAACCAGCUGAGCAGCACAGGACCACACACAGUCUCACUGAGUCAGUAGACAUGGAGGAUGGGAAGCCUGAUCUGCUGCUGGUCAAAGAGGAGACGAUAGAAGACGGACCAGAGAGCAUUGACCUGCUGAGUGGACUAAAGAUGGGUGAGCAAGGUUGUUGGCUGGAGGAUAACAGAGGAAAAUGGGCGGCCAUCAUGGAUUCCCAGACCCAGACCGGGACCAAGCAGGCCAGGACCAGAGGUGACAUAGUGGAGGUCAGUGGAUGGGACAGCGUCCUCAACUCUGGGCUGGGGAACAACAUUGUUAAUCAGAAACAGACAGUUGAACACAAAACAACAUCUGAACUUAGUCUCCAUGACAACAGACUUUCUGAGACCAGGGCAAGGCGUAGAUUUGGUCUCCAUGGAUGUGGAGGUGUCUGUAUACGGCUGGAGAGAAUAGACACAGACUCGGCUAGCGAUGCUCCGUCCUGCUCCUAUAGUUGUGAUUCAGAGAGACUGAUGGCGCCUCAGGUUAACCCGCUAACAUGUGCUGCCUUCAGCCUGCCUUCUAUAGGAUCUAUCAACUGGAACAUGGACCCUGAGACAACACAGACAGUCCCUGGCCUUCAUCCUCCUCACACUCUCCUAUUGUUAAACCAGACCUCAGACAAUGCCAGUGUCUCAACACCAAAUGGCAACACAAGCCCAUUGACAAAUGACAGUAGUAGAGACGGAAUCACUAAAGGUGGCAGCGCUAAAGAGAAGCGCUUCCCGUGUUCGUUCUGUGGGAAAACCUUCAGUUUCCCCAAUCAGGUGAAGAUCCACCAGAGGAUGCACACAGGGGAGAAACCAUUCGGGUGCCACUUGUGCGGGGACAGCUUCUCCUAUUUGUCGAGCCUGAAGAGGCACCAGAGAGUCCACACAGGGGAGAAACCAUACAGCUGCCCCCAGUGUCAGAAACGGUUCUCCCACCAGCACCACUUGAAGAUACACCUGAAGAUCCACACGGGAGAGAGGCCGUUUGCCUGUACGCACUGCGGGAAGAGGUUUUCAGAGAGGAGCUACCUCAGGAUACACCAGCAGAAAAUGCACACUACCCAUGUAUAGAGUAUUGUGACAUGUAAUGUAGCUAGUUUGUUUGUAGUUAAUAGCUAGUUUGUUUGUAGUUAAUUAUGUUGGUUGUGGAUGUAUAAGGAACUGGAUGAGGUGACCUGAGGAAAGAAUGAGUAUGAUGAGGCAGAGUAGAUGAUAUGGUGAUGGUUGGUGUGAUGGUGUCUGUAAAAAUGCUUCAAUGAUGAAAAGGUUGAUAUUGGUACGUUAUUAUGAAAUAAUGAUCGUGCCUUAAUUGAUGUUUACUUGUCAUGAAGUAGUGAAGAUGUGUGAUGUUGAACCUUUUCCAAAGUCUUCUAAAAUUAAUUUGAUCAAUGCGAAUCUACCAGAUUUAAGGAAAAGGUCAUGAGAAAAGUGAUUAUACUUGUCACAUGUAUUGUUUUGUGUAAUAAAAGUACUGUACUUCA